AUGUUGCAUCUUGCGAAGGGGCUACUUUGCCUCACGUUGGUGCCCUCAUGGGCACUUAUUGGCGCUAAGGUACUCCCCACUGACGCCCCAGUCGAUGAUAUCCGGGCCGUGCCAUUUGGAUUGGAGAACAACAAGAACCGUGCUUGGUACCCUAGAGCCGAUCCUCAGUGCGAUGUUAACUGGGAUGACGACCCUGAUGUCCCCAAAUGCCGGAUCUUAUGCGCCCCUACACAGAGUGAUUGCUCGAAUAGCCUUACCACACGCAAUUAUAGGAUUCGUCUCAACCACACAGCAAGUGAUGGUAUUAAUGAUGACCGUGAUCACAUUUUCACAGGACUCUAUGAUACUGAAAAGACGAGUCACAGUAAGCGAGCCUUUCAAGCCUUGACCCUUGCGGAGAUACGCGAGUACGUUGAAAAACAAACGGACCCGGAUACAGCGGACCGAUAUUUUGGCGACUUAAUUGGGCUCGUGGAAUUCGAUGAUGAUAACCUUUCAGUGGAUUCCUCCGUCGCCCAGCAAAUAACAUUUGGAAAUGCCCCUUUCCAAGUCGGCACGACUGGUCUCGAAGGGUGUACUGUGGUGACUGUUGUAUCCAAGCGAGCCGUCUACAUGGCGCACUACUGGGAACGCGAAAGUUGGACUAGCUCGUACUGGUUCCCAAGACGCAUCAUCAACUUUAUCGCUGGCCGGAAUCCAAAUCAGGGAGUUGGUCCUGCCCUCAACCCGGCACUAUUCAACCGCCCUACCGACGACACGCGGAUCUAUAUCAUGCACCCCCGCAAGGGUGGGAAAAAGGCGACGUACACUUCGCCAAAUUACACAAAGAAGUUUAAACAAUUGAGAAGCUUGCUCAACGAAGAGCUUCUUCCCGGCGUGCCCACAGCGACUUGGUUCUAUAUCCCUGUCGCCAACCCGGAGGACGUGCCCGAUCCCAUUGCUGAUCAGCCCUGGAGACGACACGCCGUCUUCCAAUAUGACCCGCAAGCGCAUGGUACAAGAAGCAAAGGAUGGAGACUCUUCUACGAGGAUCAUUAUUUCGAUGAUACAAACCCCCCUCCUGGCACUGAAUCUGCCAAUGGAAUUCCGGAUAUCCCAUGA